GGUUAGUGGGAGUGUUCACAAGUUAGAAGCUCCUGCUAAGAUCACACACACACCGUGCUCAGGGACUGAUUCAUUCACCACUGCUCUCUAAUCCAACAUGAAGCUGUGUGAGAUCCUUCCACUGUUUGCUCUGUUCACCUUUACUCAACAGGCAACGUCACCACAAGAUAAGUGUGCAUGUGAGUUGAUUAAUUCAGAGAAGGCAUUCCCUCAUGACAAAUUCAGCACAGUGGAGGACCAAUCAUCAAAAUGCAACAGCAACAUCACCCCACAGAAGACUAUGGAGAUGGAGAGUCUGCUGCUUGGUUUGGAGCGUCGUCUGCCGCAGCUGCAGGAAGACGUGUCGAUGCUGGAGAGGGAAGAUGAUGGAGAGCUCUAUGCAGUUGUCAGCCUGCAAGUGAUUGAGAAUGAACUGAGGGAGAUCAAUCAGCUCAUCGACAGGCUCAACAGGACCACACUGGGAAACCAGCGUCUAACCAACGAUUCCACUAAACAGCUGGAGGAACUGAGAGCAGAGAUGCAGGAGCUGGAGACGUAUGAUACCAUGCAGGUGAUAAAGACACAAAAAUCCAACCUACGCCUGAGGAAAGACCUGGAGCAGUGCAGGACUGGAGCUCACACCAUCACCCAUCCUACCCAGCCUCCACAUGGUUACUGCCCCCACGGCCAAUUUGUGAACAUUACCAGGCCAAGGUUGCACACAGCAGGAGAGUACCCUGGCUCCUACAAGUAUGGAGCCUGGGGUCAGGAUCCCAAGCCAGAGGCGGGGAGGGAGAGAUGGUAUUGGUUGGUAAUGUUGACCUCUGGCAACAAAUUCUCCAAUUAUGUCCGUCUCUACUCCAGCCUAAGCUCUCUCAUCGUUGGGGUGAGCCAGCCAGGUAAUGUCCAGAUCCAUUCCUCCAACCCAACCACCAACACCAUCCAGGGUCCAAAUGUUGUCAUGUAUGGAGGGGCCUUGUACUAUAAUUGUUAUAACCAAGAUGCCGUUUGUCGAUUCAACCUCACCACCAAAACUGUCUCCAACUUACAACUACCCAAAGGCACAAGGUAUAACUCAAAGGGUAACUUUUGUCACCUUGAUGAAUGUUACCAGUUCACCGAUCUGGACCUGGCGACAGAUGAGUCAGGCGUCUGGGUGAUCUAUACCACCACCCAGGACUUUGGCAACUUGGUGCUGUCCAAGGUGGAGGAGACUGAACCACUGAGGCUCAGCCAAACCUGGCGCACCUCCGUCUACAAGCAGGGGGUGACCAACACCUUCGUAGUGUGCGGUGUGCUCUAUGCAACGCGGUACAUCGACAAAGAUGUGGAGGAGGUCUUCUAUUCGUUUGACACCAGGACGGGGUUGGAGAGGUUCAACGUCGGCGUCUUCAUCAACAAGAUGUCUCCUAACAUUUAUGCCCUGAACUACAGCCCUGUGAACCAGAUGCUACAUGCCUACUGCGACUCCCUCAUGGUCUCCUAUAAGGUUUUGUUCAAUUAAAUGGAUAAUGCUGAUAGUUUCCACAAAAGCCUGAAAUGCCCAUAUCUAAAUAAUGGAUGAAGUAAUAGUGAUCAACAUGAAAUAAAGGUGACUCCUUAAUAAAGCCCAACAAAUAUUAGAGGGGGUGCAAAAUUACCUGUACCAUACAUGGUAUGCAUGGUAAAUUUGGAAAGACCUGCAUAGAUUAAUAGCAGAUUAAUUUAUCUACAUAGAUUGUGGAAACAUUGCAUAAGGAUUGUCGAUAGACGAUUUUUUAAUAUGGAAAGUUUUGUAAAGUCUAUGGGAUUGUCCAGAAUCAGUCUAGCUGCAUCAGGUGAGGAAGAUAUGUUAACAACAUGUUGUCAAAACCUAAUAAAAUUUAUUUUUAACAGUUUGAAA